GUUGGAUGUAUUUGGUGGCUCACAGUGUGUUGUUGUUGUUGUUGGCCGCCGUUGGCGCUGACUAUGUGAAUAUUGUAUGUGAAUUCGCCUGGCUUUGGAGGAAACGCAGUGGUUGCUGCGUCUAAAUCCUCCAUUGGACGUCAGUUCGAUUUAAGUCGCUGCUCGGCCGCAUCGUAAGUGCAGCGUUCAGUUCCACAACUCUUGCUGCUGAUACAUCUUUUUAAGAGCCACUCAUAGAUUUCAUCAUUUUUGAACUAAAAUUCAGCAACUCACAACAAAAUUUUUUCAAAAAUUAAAAAAAAAUCCCCCUAAAACAGCAAAACUUCUAAUAAAAAAAACAACAGUUAAAUUAAAAACAAUACAAUAAUAAGAAAAUGUUAAAAAGUAUAAUCCCAUUUUCAUUCUAAAGUUAAAGAACAACAAAAAAUUAAUACUUACACACCAAGUUAUAUUAAAUCACAAUAAUUAGGCUGAGGUGGACAAAGUUGAGGAAAUCCAGCGGAAAAAUCAUGGUUUUAAUUCGAAACGGACGCAUUUGGAGAUAACAAAACACUCUCAAAAAAUAUAUUGUUUUCUUCCAUAAAAUACUGUUUCGAAGGGAAAGUUCUGAAAAAUAAAGUUAAAAAAAAAUUUGCUAAAUUGAAGUGCAUCCCUUAAGUGUUGAAAUUAAUUUACGGAAAAACUGUGAAAGAAAAUCGACAAUUUCCAAGGACACCGAGGGACACAUUAAAGUUUUUUUCUUCAUCAGUGUCGCAAAAGCUCCGCGGAAGAGCUAAAAAAAAAGGUGAAAAAAAUACGGUUGAACUAUGUAUUGAAAAGCUCCCGGUGUGGUGGCAUAGAAAAGGACCCGAGGUUAGCAAAAAAAAGCUUCAAAGUGUACAAAAUCGGGCGUCGGGAGUAGAGUGAGAAGAUUUUUAUUUAAUAAAAUUUUACUGUGAGGCGAUAAAGACUAAAAAGAAAAAAAAAUUGAAACACGCGAAAGACAAUUUGUAGUGCUAAAUAAGAGUGCAAAAAAAUACGGACAAGAACAAUUGAGUGACGAGGAGACUGCAUUGCACCCCUCCCCAACAUACCCCCAACAUCGUCGUAACUUUUUGACAGGAAAUCUGUGGACGAAAGGAAGAAAUCUUCACCAUUUCACUGUGGACGGCAGUGAAAUUUAUCUUAUAUGGAUAGCUGGACGGGGAACGCCCGACUGGCGAGAUUUUUAUAUUAAGCAGCGUAAGCUGUCACCGACAUGGGCAGUGAGCACUACUGCUUGAGGUGGAACAAUCAUCAAUCCAACCUGUUAGGGGUGUUCAGCCAAUUGCUGCAGGACGAGAGUCUGGUGGACGUUACACUAGCGUGUUCCGAGGGCGCCUCCAUCAGAGCCCACAAGGUAGUCCUGUCGGCUUGCUCAUCCUACUUCCAAAGUUUAUUUCUGGAUCAUCCUGCCAGACAUCCAAUUGUGAUAUUGAAGGACGUUCGCUUUGCCGAAUUGAGAACACUCGUGGAAUUCAUGUACAAGGGUGAGGUGAACGUGCAAUAUUGCCAGUUAUCAGCACUCCUCAAGACGGCCGAGUCUCUAAAGGUAAAAGGUUUGGCAGAAAUGACAAAUCAGAGCACAGCUCCUCGGGAAUCUGAGAGAGACGCAGAACGCUUACGAUCCCACUCGAGUAUCCCACUAAAGUCGGAACAUUCAGACACAAUUCCCACGUCCCCGCUUAAGAGCACACUGAGCACUUUGGUGACGUCCGGUGGUGGUAGUUCAGGGGGCGCAGGAUCGUCCUGUAGUCGCGUUGGGGAGCAUCAGGCAUUAACUGAGCGAGGUACACCAUCUCCUACGGCCCACCGGCAUCAGCAAUCUUCAUCUCCAACACCACUGGCACUCUAUGGGAGUCGCCGGUUGCCCAGAGAUCACCCCGAUAGGCCACCAUCCAUGGAGACAACCAUGGAUGAUGAGCCGCUGCAGCUUUCCACGCAAUCCACAACCGCCACGACCACCACCACCACAGUCACCUGUCUCUCUGCCGAAGAGCGCCCCACCUCGCCGGAUGAUGAAGAUGAUGAUGAUCACAUGAUGCAGACGAAUGACGUGGGUCUCAAUAUGACGCUAAAUUCGUCCGCGACGUCCUCCAUUGUGGUGCCCGCAACGUCUGUGUCCUCAUCCGAACUGAGGCCGGCGUCCCGUGGCGGGCACACGACAGCCACCUGCAUCUCCAGCAGCAACAGCAGCGGCGGAGGUGUAGGACCACCGGCACAGGUCAGUCCCAGUAUGCCAGAACCGAUCGCGGGCCCCUCGGGCAUGGGUCCCGUGCAGCAGGUGCCACUGUCGCUGAAAAAAGAAAUCGACUGGGAUCGAGGGGACGACAAGGACAGUUCAUCGUCUGACUAUCGCCACUCCCACGAAUCAAUUGAUGACAGUACAAUUCCCCUCUUUGGCUCAUCCAUCCUCAGUGGGGCAGCUUUAGGUGGACCUAGCCGGUGUCCUACGCCAUUUGCAUUCCCAUUUGCCCCCCUCGGCUUGGGGCUCUUUGAUGCUGAUCCCUCAAGGAUGCUCAGCUUCUUGCAUCAUCACCAAUCCCUCCUGGCAGAGGAAGCUUUGAGAUAUCGCGGUCUCUUCAUCAAUCCAAAAGAUUCAGCAAGUCCCAGAUUCAAUCCAUUUGCUGAGAUGUUCUCCAAAGAGCAAGAACUCCUGCUUAAGCGUGCGAAUUUCUUCAAGAAUACCUUCCGCUACCCCAUCCACACCCCAACAGACAUCUUUGCUUCUACCUCAGCAUCGUGCGUUCCAAAGGAUACUGCAGCAUCCUCAUCAAAGGAUGAUCGUCGCACCACAACCACAACCUUUCAGGGGCAGUCAUCAAAGGAGGGGCAAUCGAGCAACCAACGCUUUCCAGCUGCGGAGAAAAUUGUGGAGAAGUAUGACUUGACCAAGCCAACAACUCCCACCGAAAGUCUCCCAGGAAGUUCAAAAGAUAUCCUCGAUGAAAUACUCCACAAGCGCAGCGGAAACUACCUCAAGGAGAGUUUCAGAUUCAAUCCCCUCAGUGAUGGUCGUCGUGCUGUAAGCCCCAAAGACAAAUCAUCCUCAUCGACAUCAUCGUCACCCAUUAUCAAGGCAAUCCCUGAGACACUUCUCCUGCAGGAUGGGACAACAAUUGAGGAAGAGACAAAGUGUACCGUGUGCAUGGCUACAUUCCCAUCGGUGUGGCUCCUUGAGCAACAUGCAGCACUACAGCAUGCCGGAAUGGGGGCUAUGGAGGAAAAACCAUUUAUAUGUGAACAGUGCGGUCAGUCAUAUCGCUAUAGAUCAGCUUAUGUGAAACAUCGCGAACAGAAUCAUCGUGCUCGUCUACCAGCUGAUAAGCUCUUCACAUGCGACGUGUGUGGCAUGCAGUUCCGCUACUUGAAGUCCUUCAAGAAGCAUCGUCUCAAUCAUGCUCUAGAGCGCUUGCAUGGGAAGAAUGAGAAGAAGUAUGGAAUGGAAUUGGGGACUGAAGUUGUUACGAGCUCCAAUGAUGAUGAAAAUGAGCUCAAGAUCACGAUUAAGGAGGAAGAAGAUGAAGAAGAUCAAGAUGAUACUGUUGAUUCAGCCGGAGGGAAUCUCUGCUCAACUGCUGAACAACUCGGGGAUGGUGAUAUUGUGGUGCCCAAGAUUACCAGUUCAGCUGAAACGAUGGAGUAUACCUCAACUAAUAGCGGGUCUGUGAUCAACGAAAGAGAGGAUCAACUAAUGAAGAAACGUCUGGAAGUUUGCUCUCUUCCUGCAACUUCAGUCAAUUCCCUCCUAACUGCCGAACGCAUCCCAAGCGAUCAGGCUCUUGGACUAAAUCCACAGGAAGCCUCAAUUCUCAACUUUCUACGCGUAGAUGCGGCCGAGAGGCAACGCGAUCGUCGCUUUGCAUGUCCCUUCUGUGGUAAAUGUGUACGCUCCAAGGAGAACCUAAAGCUUCACGUGCGCAAACACACGGGAGAGCGCCCAUUUGUAUGCCUCUUCUGUGGUCGAGCCUUCGGUGGCAAAUCCGAUCUAACGCGUCACUUGAGAAUCCACACUGGAGAGCGUCCGUAUCAUUGUGAAGCAUGUGGCAAGUGCUUCGCACGAGCCGACUACCUUUCCAAGCACCUCACUACGCACAUACAUAAUUCGCCUCGCUGAGAUGAGGUUAAGCGACGCCGAAUUCUCGGUGCUCGCAGGUAAUAUCGUGACAGUGGAGCUCAACAGUGGUGGACACAGAUCGCACAAUUUUUCAACAUGCAACAACCCCCAAGCAGCUUUCCUCAGUCACACCAACAACCAUGAUAAACCAAAAAGAAAAAAAGAUGAAAUCCCAUUAACAUAGUUGAUAUAAACACUCAAAGCAAUAAUUUAUAUACACGUAGACAGUUUCUGCUAUUAGGAAAGAUCCCUCGGGGACCUCAAUAGAGCAAAAGCAACGAAAGCCUAACAGUUAGAGAGGAAGAAUUUUUUUUUUUGAAGAGAUGAAGGCCAAUAGUAUAUGCGCUAAUGCCUAUGUGAGCAAAACAGCGCAGAAUCCCAUUGAAAGGAUGGCAGAGAAAUUUUCUACCGAUAACAAUAGUCUUGUUAGCGAAUGAAAUAGCGACAAAUAGAAGAAAAGAAAAAGAAUACAAAGAAUAACAAGAUAUUUGGUUUCAACUUGAAAUUAAAAGAAGAAGAAAAGAUAUAAACUUUUUACAAAAGAUAAACAAACAGUUUUUCCGCAAUUAAUGUCUGUGAUUUAAUCAUUAAAUAAAAAGAAAAUGAAAUAAUUGUAAUAGAAUCCAAUUUCUAUUCUCUAUUGCUGUGCGUGAGUGAGAGAACGAUAGAAACCCACAUAAAAAAAACAACGAAUUAAUAUUUUUUGUCCUUAGAAAAAAAAGGAUUUCCUCAAUACGAUGACCAUUUUCCUCAAAGCACCUCCAUUGGGGGUUUGCUAAAGAAAUUUCGAGCAUCGAAUUGCAACAAAAAACUAUCUUUUUUCCCGGUAUAUCCUUAAUAGAGGAAAUAAUAAUUUUUGAAAAAAGAAAAUGUGAAAUAAUGAUUAGCACUGUGCCAAAAAUAUUCGUACCUCACACGCAACUUGGUAUUGAAGGUACACAUCCAAAUGUAAGAGAAGAUGAAAGAAAAAAAAUAGAAAUUGUAGCUAAAGGAAUUCAGAAUCUAAUAUUGAAAAAUUUGCAUCAGUGUCUGCAUUAUUGAGUGUCUAGGAAUACAACAAAAAAAUCACAAAAUUGAAAUUUUAAUUGUCAAUUUUUCACUCCCAAAAAUAAAUUAAGAAAAAAAGUAUUUUUCUCCCUGUUUCGUCGACAUCACUAAAAUUUAGGAAAAAAAGAAAUGAAAUAUGGAGAAAAAAUGUGCAUGUGUAGAAUGAUAAAAGUUGAAAAGGCAAAGAUAAAAAAAAUCCACAGAAACUAUUGUACAAAAAUUAUCUUAAAAAAAAAUAAAGAAAAAAUACACUCAUAGAAAAAAAAGAGAUAAAAAAGAAGAAAUAUAAAACAAGCAAUACGAUGUUUUCGGUGUUUAACCUAAACUAAAUGAAAAAAAAAUGCGCAACUAAAAGAUUUAGGAAUUAAAAAAAAAAGAAGAAAAAAGUAACUUGAAGAAAAAUAUAGAGUUUUAAUGACAUUAUAUAUUGAAAUGAAAAGAUAUUUGUGAGCGCCAGAAAUAUUUUUCACAUUUUCACAAUAUUAUUAUAUAAAUGUCCAAUUUUCUAUAUAUAUAUAUAUUCGGAAACGAAGAAAAAACACUGAGAAAAAAAGUGGUAGAUGAGAUAGGAUAUUAACUAGGUGGUUGACACGCAAUUCAACGGAGUGAUAUAUUACUUUAAAAAUGAAAUAUUAUAUUUAUAUAUAAUUGAAUGUAAUUUUAAGAAAGCUAUAUAUACAUUUUGGGAAUGGGGGAACGAUGCGGAUGCAGAAGCCGAGGUGCACACAUUUUAGGUGUAUAUAGAACAUUGGUAUAGUAGGAGGAAUGCAAAAGUGGUUUGUUGGACGAGUUUUAUGCGGAAGCGACAGGAGUUUUAGGGCAAUGAGAGAAAGUAUUGAAACACUUUUCUAUAUUAAAUGUUCCUAUUUUGUGUGGAAGGAAUUGAACACGAGAUGGAUGAGAAGUAAAUGGCAGAUAGGUGAAAUAUUUGUAUAUAAAUUUAUAUUCAUUGUCUAGAUGUUGUAGAUGUCAAAAACAAAAAAAAAGAGCAAAUAUGCAUUAAAAUUGCACGUUGCAUCCCCAAGUAGCAAAAUGGUUAAGUAAAAUUUGUGCCCUGACGUUGUAUUUAAUGGUCAGAACACUCUUCAAUUUUUUGGUUAACUGUCUUGGUUAACAAAAACAAAUUUGGGAAGAAAUAUUUCAAUUUUUUGUUCAUUGUAAGAAAUAAUAAAAAUUUUAAAUUAAAUUCUUCUACAAGUUUUGAGGGAUUUUUUGGGUAAUUCUUAUCAAGGAAUAAUGAUAAAACAAUUCUAAUAAUUCUCAGAUUUUUUUUUAGCUUAAACGGCCUGUUGUCAUAUAUUCUGGUUUUAAAUUUUGAUGGUUCUAACUUCGACGAUUUGAUAAGAUCUUAAUUCUUCUUCUUUGAUUUCAUUAAGCUUUUGUAGAAAAAUUAAUUUGAUUGAUUAGAUUCAAUUUCAAAAAAAAUUAAAACCAACAAGACACUGUCACAGAAACAUUUUUGGUUUAGGUCAGUUUCUUAAAGAAGAUUCAAAAUUGUUAAGAAAUUGAAUAAAGUUAUUUUUUCAAUAACAGUUUAGUCUAACAAAUUUUAAACAAACUGCUGAGAAACCUCCCAAAAAUACUUUUUAGUUCAACAAUGUUUAGGGGCAACUAAAUGUUUGCUACUUGGGUACAAAAUUGUGUAUUUUGUAAAUUUUUCAUAAAUGAAAAUUCUAAUUUCCAAUCAUUGCACUCAACUUCCACAAAAAUGUGCAAUGAUGUUUAAAAGAAAAAAAUUAAUUCAAGUAAAAGUAUAUUUAAAUUAAUUGAAAGAAAAUAAAAGUGAAAAAAAAUCAAAUUUGGAGGGAUAUAGACUUGGUAGUUAAAUCAAUUUCAUUAUCUUAUCCAAUUUAAUAAAAAAAUCGAUCAUUGAGUAUAAAUGUAAAGAAGAAAAUAAAUUAUUUCUCAAAUUUUAAAUCUUUAAUGCAAAUUUAAAAAGAAUCGUAUUUUUGUUCUUUUAAUCUCUGUGUGUAAAUCACAAGGAUGGACAUUGAAAGUGAACAAACGAAAACAUAAUCAACGAAAUAAUAGAGAAAAAAAUUUAGGAAAAAAAAACAGAAAGAGAAAUAUUUAUCUAUAUUUUUGUGUAUUACCUUCAAUUUAUCCUCAAUAUUUAUUUAUAUAGAGAAAAAAACAAUUAUGUAUGUAGUAAGAAUGGAAGUUAUGAGAGUCUAAAAAGGUUUCACGAAAAUCGAAAAGAAAUAAUAGUCCCGAAAGUACUAAAAUUUUCUUUUCACACCGCGCAACUAAAUUCACAAUCACGAGAAAUUAUUAAUCAAAAAAAAACUAUAUACACAGAAAUAUUUUCGAGAAUGACAAACUCAAUUAGAAAAUUAUGAUAUUUUUUCGGCCACAAAAAAUGCAACAAAUGCAAAAUUUCAGACAUACACACACACGAAAAAAAAGCUACAAAAUUCUUCUUCUAUUAGUGAUAAAUAUUUGUAAGUAGAAAUUUAAAUAUUUGCAUAAAAAAUAUAUAUAUUAUUACAUGUAUGACUAUUGAAUUAAUAUCGAUGUUAAUUGUCAUACUUUAAAGAUACAAAAAAAUAUUUGGUGUUGUGACUAACAUUUAAACAUAAAUGUGUGUUCAAAAUGAACUUCUCUAUUAUGCAAAAAUAUUUUUGAAAAAAAAUCAUAUAUAUUGUAGUAGGAAAUGUAAUUUCGUUAAUUUAAACUUUAAUUUAUGUAAGUAAAAUUUUCAAUGUUUCCUUAAGAUUUUACUGAAAAUUUUUUAAAAAUUUUUCUUCAAAAAAAAGGAACUCAGUCUUUAGAUUAGGUAAUGUAUGGUAUUUUUAGGCAAACGAAUUAAAUUAAAUUCUGAGAGUAAAAAAAAUAAAUAAAAUAAACGUCCAUUAUUUUUCAAUGAAAAACAAAAAAAAACUAUUUCAAAAAGAAAAUUUAACUUCUCAAGUCAAAUAUGUGUGACGUUUUUUUUUAUUCUUUUAAUUUCUUUUUCAAACGAAACUUAAUAAAAAAAAAAAGGGGAAAUGCUAAACAGAAAAAACAUACAGCAACUAAAUGUCCAUUAUAGAAGGAUUUUUUACAAAAGAUCGACAAACCCAUAGGUCAGAAAUAGAAAACACACCGCGAAAAGUGAUAGGAAAAAAUGUAGGUAAAAAAGGAACAAGAACGUUGUAUGAAGAGCGAUGAAGUGAAUGGCGAGACUAGGAAUGUUUUAAGGAAAAAAACAUGAGAGAUAUUUAAGAAGUUAAGAAAAUGAACAAUUUGAACGAAGAAUGUGAUAUUUUUAACAAGUAAAAAAUAUUAUGAACACUAGAGUGGAUUAUUGUAAGAUUGAGAAGUAAUAUUUUUAAAACGAGACUGAUUACAAAUAGAGAGGAAAUACAACAAAGAUGAUUAAAAGUUUUACCCCCCAAAACACUCCUUUUCACACAUAUAUUGAAGAUCUUAAAAGGAUUUUCUUUUCCAACUUUAUAUUUUGACUUUCAAAAUUGAGGGAAAACAUUUCAGUUUUAGCACAAAAUUCAAUCUCGUAAAUUAUCUUAUUUUUCAAGAGUUAUUCCAUUAUAAAAGAAAACAUGAAAGUUUUAGUAUGAUGUGUGAUUUGCUCAAAAUUAUUUUGUUUUUCAAUUAGAAAGACUUUAAAAAUUAACCUUAUACGCACAUGAGAUGAGAAGAAAUUCUUUUUUAAAGAAAAGUUUCUUUGAACUUAUGAAAAAAAACCUUCAAUUGGCUAAUAGUUCCUCAAAGGAGCUUAUUCGUUUCUAUAUGGGAAAACAUUUCAUUCGAGGGAUAAAUAGAAAGACGCGUAAUCUUGUAGAUUUUACAGAUCAUCAAAAAAGAAAAAUAAGAAGGUUCUAUUUACCUCUGGGAUCAGUUAUGAAAAACGCGAAGAGAUUUUCCCAAAAAUGUAAACAAUGACGUCACAAUAGUGUUUUUUGCCAAGGGUAACCCUUAGAGAAUCGAUAUUUCUAACCUCAAAACUUUGACGUUAAUUUUUCUCAAAAAAUUUUUUAUUCCAAGUUUUCUUUCACGAACUUGAAGUAAUUGAACUUUCCCACAUUGAUGUAAUUUAUAACAGAACUUUAAAUAUAUUUUAUUUCGUCGUCGGUGGCCAGCAAAAUCCUUCAAGGAUCUGCAAAAUAAAUUCAAGAACAAAUUCAAUUCUUCAAAAUAAGAUCGUUUGAGAGAAUUAAAAAACUUUUAAAGAAUUUCUUCUUAUCUCCCAAAAGUCUUCAUUUUCAUCAUCAAAUCCCCAUUUUUUUUAUUCACUAUGUACAUUUAUGCAUGUAGGUGUUGCAAAUGUGAAAAUAGAGACAUUUUAUUUUUCACGAUAAAGACUCACACACUCAACAGAUUUAAUCCACAAUGAGCAGCAAUAUUAAUAUGAAAUAUUCUGAGAGAACACUAACACAGAAUAAACCUCAGAUUCACCGGUGCUAUUAUUACGAUAUAAAACUAUGUGAUAAAUUGUUAAAUAAAGAUAUUUUAUUAUCUUCAAACUCCCUCCAUUUCCCUUAGUUUUCAUUUUGCUCAAUAAUUUUGUUCUUUCGUAUUAUUUUCUUUUAGAAAUGAAAUUCCUUCUUUUUUUCUAUCUUAAUACAAACACACUCGUUGUCUAUGAAAAAACGCCCACAAAAUGUAGAUGCGGUAAAAUAAAAAAAAACAAAUUAUAAACACUCGACUCAAAAUUUGCUUUUGGUGUAUGUGACUAAAAAAAAAAACGUUGAAAACCGAAAAAAAUCAACACUAUGUAUUUAGCAAAAUUUAAAAGAAAAUUUGGUGUUUAUGGCUAAAAAAAAUUCGAAAAAUUGUCUAGGAUAAAGAAGCAAAAAAUAUAUUCCGAAAUGUAUUAAAAAAAAAAACAUAAAAAUAUAGUCGAUGUGUGUUUCACCUUGUCUUAUUAUAAAUUUUAAAAGAAAAUAAACAAAGAUUAAGCAAAAAAUAAGUGUCCCAUCAAAAUUUUUGCAUUGCAUAGCUAUUUGAUGAACAAAAAAAUACUACCAUUAUAAUAUCUAUUAAUUAAAAACAAAAUACAUUGUAAUCACACUCUUUCUGUGUUGUAAAAUUUGUUAAGCAAAGAAAGAAAAGAAAUGAAAAAAGUGCAGCAUUAAUAUAGUGAGAGAAGAAAAGGAAGAAAAAAAUAAGAAAAAUAUUAAGUGUACAAUUUUAGAAGUAAAAUCUUAUUAAAAAAAAAUAAUAAAAAAAUAUUAAACAAGAUGAAAAGUAUUUAGAUGAAGAAAAAAACACAAUGAAUGCCUGCCAAUAAAAACCGUACCAAUAUUUUUUCGUUCUCUAAACAUAAAAAAGGUAAAGAAAUAUACCAAUAGUUUUAUAAAAUAUUUGAGUAUAAAAGUGGAUUAUUGUAUGAACACCAGCAACAAAACAAAAAGUAAUUUCUACAAUUUUUUAAAACAAACGAAUCACCCACAACAACCGCCAAUAAAACUAUACAAUUUACUAUUAAAUAUCUAUUUUUAACAAUAAUAUAUUUAUAUUAAAUUAAGCAAAGUGAAAAGGUAAUAGCGAAGGAUGGAAAUAUUUUUUCAUUAUUGUGUAUUUAAAGAAGAAAAAAAAACUAUGAAAAAAACACUAAAACUUUUUAUUUAUAACGAAUAUUUUUCAAUCAGACUUAUUUCACUAUAAUUUAAGUCGUCAACCGAUGAAGAAUGCAAGAAGGGAAAAUGAGUGAGAAAAGAGACGGACAAAGGAUGAUAGAGAAAGAUGUAUAAAUUUUCAAAGUAAACUAAAAGAUUAUAUAUAUUUAGUAGCAAGGAACAAAAAGAAAAAUGAUUAAAAAUAAAUUUAUUCAGUAAAUUAGCCAACGGUGAGGGAAAAUGUUAUCAGUUACAAUUUGAUAUUUAAAAAAAAAAACUUUUGAACAAAAUAUGGUUGUUUUGCUGUGUUUUCAAUUUUCUUUUUCUUAUUUUUACAAAAUAUAAUAGCAUUAAAAUAUAAUAUAUAUAACAAUUGGCUCUAUAUGUGUAUUUUGCAAUUUCGACAGCAAUUAACAAAAUAAAUUUAACAAAGAAAAAAAAACAAUUUAGUUUUUAGUAUAUGAAGUAAAUUUGAAAGAAAGCGAAAGAAAAUGAAGAAAAAUAAACCACGCAUUUCAAACAACGCAAUAUUUUCUAAUAUAGAAGGAAUAAAUUUUGUGAAGCAAAUGAAUAUUUUUUAAAUAACAAACAGAAAUCUUAUAGAAAAGGAAAAUAAAAUAACACAAUAUAGUAAAAUACAAACUCAGGAAGAUCAAAACCCAAAUUUAUUUGCCACAUAACCAGUCAAUUUUUUAAAAUAUUCUACUCUGCAAAUUUUUAUUGCAAUCUGUAUAGAUUUUUUUUUUGUUAGAACUCUUCAGAGAAAAACAUUUUUCCAUCUUUUUGCAUGAAAAUGAGUGCGAAGAAGUAAGAAAAGUUAUGAUGGAUUAUAAGAGAGAGAGAGAGUGAAGAAGAGGGAAAGUGAGAGAGAGAAAAGAAAAAAAUCUACAACGCAAUAGCAAUAAUUAAUUAAUUACUAAGUGUUUAGAAAGCAAAUUUUAGGAACAAAGAAAAACACAAUGUAAGAAUGGUACUGUUAAAAUUAUUUUCUCAGUUCUAAAUCAUGAUUUUUUUUUCAAAAUUCUCCGGAAAACUUAAAUCAUCAGCAGUCGAUCAAUGUGAAACCCACAAAAUAAAUCACGAAGAAAUCAUAAAAAGUAAGAUAUAUAUUUAUCCAAAAGAUGUUCAGUUUUUUGACUCAAAAUUAAGUUUUCAUCAUUUCAAUCCACUUCAAAAUAUAAAUAUAAAAUACUAUUAACUAUAAGUAAACUAAAAAUAAUGAUGAUGAUCACUGGAAUGUGAAAUUUUUAGCAAUUUAAAUCUUGUUGUAAUAAAUGUUAUAUUUACAAUACAAUAUAAAAAAUA